AUGACAUCUCUCCCAUCUAGAGCACCCAACAAAAAGGAUGGAAGUGCGAUAACACAAGAUGCCCUACCCGAAUUAUGCGCCUCGAUCCAUCAGCGAUUGGAGACCUUCCUCGCGCAGGAAUCAUCUUCAGAUCGAGUGCGACAUGUGCAGAAACAAUCACGGGAAUCACUGAAGGUACUAGAAGAAGCACUCCAGCGGUACAGCCUCGAUGAACUCUCCCUCUCCUACAACGGCGGCAAAGACUGCCUCGUCCUCUUGAUCCUCUAUCUCAGUGCCCUGCACAUCCACACCACCAAACACCCAACAACAAAGCUGCCCAAAACACUCCCUUCAGUGUACAUAAUCUCGCCUCACCCGUUCCAGGAAGUCGACGACUUCGUGAACUCCUCCCUCCAAACCUACCACCUCGAUCUAGCGCGCUACGCCAAGCCGAUGAAAGAGGCGUUCACAGACUACCUCUCCGACCACCCCAGCAUUAAAGCCAUCUUCGUUGGGACCCGUCGUACCGACCCCCAUGGCCACGAUCUGAAACACUUUGAUCCUACGGACAGAGGGUGGCCGGCAUUCAUGAGGAUACAUCCAGUGAUAGAUUGGCACUAUGCAGAAGUGUGGACGUUCAUAAGAGAGAUGGGCGUGGAGUAUUGCAGGUUAUAUGAUCAAGGCUAUACGAGUCUAGGCGGCACGACAGAUACGCAUCCGAAUCCAGCGUUAUCACUGAGGGAUGACCCAGGUGGCGGCGAGGAAGGAAAGUUCAAGCCGGCUUAUGAGCUUGUCGAGGACGAGGCAGAAAGGUUGGGACGGGAUAGAUGA